AUGUACAGUAAACAGAAAAAGCAGGCUUCAGCUGAACUCAAUAUGGACGAUAUUGACGCGUUGCUCAACUCAAACCUUGAAGAAGGUCACCAAGAUAUUGACAUGAACGACCCUGAACUAUUGAAACAACUGCAAGAACUAUCUUCUUCUUCUGUUUCAAGCAAACCAAAGCAAACAGAAAAGCCCAAGCAGCAGCCUAAAGAUAUAUACAUUGAUCUUGACUCUUACGCAGCACUUGCUCAAGGUGACGAUGAUAUCCAAGUAGAAUUGGAUGAAAGAGAUAUGAAUGAUUCAUUAUUGCUUAAUGAGCUUUCUUCUCUUUCAAACAAUGAGUCUAGAGAGCAGCAAGAAGCUCCUUUAGAGCAGGCCCUUGAACUUAUCAAUAUGGGAUUUACUCAACAACAAGCACAAAAGGCCUUGGAUAUGUUUGACAAUAACAUUGAAAGAGCUGCCAAUUAUUUAUUUGAUUCACCACCUGAAGUUGUUGAAGUUGUAACAGAAAACAAACGACAAGAAGAUAUACCUGAGCCUACAGACAACAAGAGACAAAAAAUUCUUGAACAAGAUCCUCAAUACUGGCAAAAGAAAGCACAAGAAUACCAACAAUUGGCUUUAGAGGCCAAAAGACAAGGUGACAAGAAGAAAGCUGUAACGCUGCUUAGAGAAUCAAAGAAUUACAGUCAGAAAUACAAUGAUUUGAUGGCUGAAGAUCAUGUAGAACAAUCCAUUGCUCCACAAACUCCACCUAAAGAAAGACCACAGACCCCCAAUCCUCCUGAGCCACAGCAGAUCUCCGAAACUGUUGUUUCUAAUACUCAACCUGCUCCUGCUCUUUCGCCAGCACAAGUAUCUCAAAUCCAAGAAUUGCUUUCAAAAGUCAUCAGUUUACAAAAGCAGUAUAAAGAAGCAGCAUUGCAUUAUAAAAAACUAGGCAACCUUGCAGCAGCAAAGCAAAUGGUCCGCACAUCCAAAGAGCUUUUGCACACUGGCAUUCGUCUCAAAAAUGGCGAGAUCAUAACAGCUCAAUUACCCGACGCACCCGACAUGACUUUAGGCGAUGGAAAAAUCCGUCAAAUACAAGAAUUUGAACUUGGUACACACGAUACCUCUUUUGAACAAAUCGAAGCCCAACUCACUUAUGAAAUCGACGUUUGCCACAACCUGUCAAUUCAUACCCGUACUAGCAAAAAUACCAAGAAAUCAAACGCAUUGGCUGAUUCUCAACAUGUCAAUAUUUAUUCUAGACUUGAAAAGGCUUUUUCUGCUGAUUUAAUGGUACUUCGUGCUAACCAACCCAAUAUUCCCAGCCUUCAUUUUGAACAAGUCAAUUAUAUCUACAAAAAUAUCAUGGAUUCUAUCCCUGAAAACAUGAUGCAGUUCAAAAUUAUUCGUGCUACAAGUUUACCCACGCUGGACAUUUCUACCAAGUUAGAUCCCUUUGUCGUUUGGGAUUUUGGAGGUUGGCCACCUGAAAACACAGCACAGGCAGCCAUGAACAAAGGAGAAACGCCUGUAGCCUCUGGUAUUGAUCCAGAAUUCGAUUUUGAAAUGCAGAUACCUAUCAGUCGUACUAAUCGAUUAUUUAUGCGCUAUUUACAACGCAAGAAAUUGUCAAUUGAAGUGCUUCAUAAUAAAUACAGCUAUGGCUUGUUUCGAAGACCUGUUUCUUUGGGUAAAAUUACGAUUCCUAUGGACAAAUUGCUCACAAAAACCUCUAUCUCCGAUACUUUUGAUCUUUUGGAUAGUAGUCGAAAAAAGACGGGCGGAAAAAUUGAAGUCCAAAUCAAUCUUAGAGAACCAUUGACAGGCGAAGAUAUCGUGAAGCGAUCAGAACGUUGGCUUGUGCUGGACGUACCUGGAAGCAAUGCUUCUAGACUCAUGUCAGAAGCUGGAUUGACGACAGGAGGUCCUUAUGUUCCUUCUGGUAGUGGGACUACACAGCCUCAAGUUGCUGAAACUAGUGGACAAAACUCACCUGUUGCAGACCCAAAACCUGAAACACCAUUGCAACAACCAUCAGACCUUAUUUCUGAAACAAACAACCAAGCGAAACCUAUUGCAAACGACAGCGAGCUAGAAGCGGCAGAAGAAGAAUUCAACAAUGUGGAUAAUAUUGUUUCAAACAUGGUAUUGGAGCAUGAAUUAAAAAUAGUCAAUGCCAAUCUAGUAACGAAACAAUCGGCCAAAAUAAAAGAAGAUUUAAUGGACAGAAAACAAGCGUUAGAAAUCAAGAUGAAUAUGCUUGUGAUUCAAGUACAAACAGGUAUUCUGGACAUGGACACUUACUUGGAAAAUGUACAGAAACGCAUGGAGGCCGAUCGACGUUUAGCUCUCAUCUUCAAAAAGUAUAACCGUCUCGAUCUGGCUAAAGCUGCUUUAGCACGCAAGAAAAUCAUGCAAGAUGAAGUAGAGGAAGCAAAAGCUGCUAUGGCUGAGCAAGAAGCAGAAGAAUAA